UCAACUUCAAAUAAACGUGGUGCAUGUCUUCAAUCACUCUUCAAUGUUCACAGUUAAAAUCGUUAAAUAAUUAUUCUUAUAAAUUAAGCCUUAUGAAAUGUCUUCUUCAUUUUUCCUAAAAGGUAAAUCAAGACAAGUUCAUAAAAGAAAGGGUGAGAAAAUAAAUAAAAAGAAGCCAAAAAAAGCAAAUGCCCCUAACCUCGAAAAUGGUCACGAAUCGUCCGACAGUGAUUUGGAUAUUAAAAAGUUCUCCGAUGGUGAACAGUCUGAAAGCGACCACGAAACUGCCGAACAAAAGAAGUUAAGAUUAGCUAAGAAAUAUUUAGAAGAAAUAGAGAAGGAAGAGGCGAAGAGAGCUGAAUUUAAGGAACUAGACGAUGCAGUCGAAAAACGUUUACAAAGAGACUACUUGGAACAAAAAGGUAAAUUACGUGUUGAAGUUGCGAGCAAUUAUAGUGCGCCAGCAAAAGAUGACGUCAGAUUAAUUCGCGCCAAGGAACACCGGCUUCCUCUAACAUGCAUUUGUGUCAGUAAUGAUGGAUUAUAUAUAUUUAGCGGCUGCAAAACAGGAACCAUCAUUAAAUGGGGUAUAAAAGAAAAGAAAAAGCUCGGCACUCUAACAUACAAAACACAUUCCAAGUUCCUGAAGGGAGGUAUUAUGUCUAUAGCUAUAUCAACUGAUUCUAAAUUCUUUGCCUCAUCUGAUAACUCUAAUGAUAUCCAAAUUUGGGAUCCACACACAUUAAAACACCUACAUACAUUUAAAGGACACAAGGGCAUUGUUAUUGGUCUAGUAUUUAGGAAAAACACACAUGAUUUAUAUUCAGCAUCUAAAGAUAGAUCAGUAAAAAUUUGGUCAUUGGAUGAAAUGGCAUACGUUGAAACACUAUUUGGUCACCAGUCACCAAUAACUGCAAUAGAUGCUUUAACAAGGGAGAGAGCAAUCACAGCUGGAGGUAGAGAUACAACAAUAAGAAUAUGGAAAAUAGUAGAAGAGUCACAGCUCAUAUUCAAUGGUCCACAAGGCAGCUUAGAUGAAGUUAAACUGCUUGAUGAAGAACACUUUAUAUCAGGAAGUGACAAUGGUACUUUGUGUUUAUGGAGUGUACUUAAAAAGAAACCUCUAUAUACUGUGCUAGAAGCACAUGGCUCCAAUAAUGGUAUACCAAGAUGGAUAACUAGUCUUGCUACUUUAUUAAAUUCAGAUCUAUUUGCUUCAGGAUCGUAUGACAAUCACAUUAGGGUAUGGAAAGUUUUUGAUUCAUACAGAAAGUUUGAACCAAUGUUUAGUAUAGAAGCUAAUGGUUUUGUUAACUGUAUGCAAUUUAGCAGUGAUAGUAAACAGUUGUAUGCAGCAGUGGGGCAGGAACACAAAUCAGGGAGAUGGUUCAAAGAAAACAGUGCCAAGAAUGGUUUUCUAGUUAUCAAUUUUAAUAUUAAUUUACAAGCGUAAUAAAAUAUAUUAUUUUUCAUA